AUGGCUAUCCUCAGUCCAGAAUAUGGAAAGAUGUAUGGUCAAUACAAACAAGCUACAGACAACGUUCUGUCCUGGAUCAGGACUCUCUACAACCGACCGAGCACAAUUCCCCUGAAUAAUCAUCUCCAGUUGGCCGUUUCAGCUGUUCGAGACGGAAUCCAAAUGCCCGACAACAUUCUCGAAAAUCUCACAACAGCAAUCGACCUACGAAGCAAAACUACGGAGUUGCACAGACAAAGUGGCACAUCGGAUCACGGGCACGACCACAUGAUCACAGUUCUUCAAACAAUCUCAACAAUAUUCUCUCCUUCGAGACUAGCAACACCAGAACCGACUUCUGCAUGUGCUACACUUCCAGCACCCACUCCUUAUUGGCAGGAGCACCUCACACCUCGACCUCUUACUCCGCCUCAUCAGGGGUGUUUACCACCAUUUCCUUUUCAACAAGAGUGGUACCCUCCCUCGUUUUGUGAAUAUGAUCACAUCUAUCAAUAUCAACAACACUGCUACGGGGACUUCUACUCGCCUCUUCCCCCUCCUCCACUACUGCCACCGCCAGGCCUGUAUCCGAUUUGGGGGCUCCCUCAGCAUCAAUAUCCUCAUGUCAACCCAGCCAUCACCAUGAGCACUCACAACAUGAAUAUGCCGGCUUCUAUGUUUGAGCGUGCCCCUGGCUAUUGA